GCACAUAAGUUUUACAGUAUAAGGGUUAGCAAUACAAGAAAAACCUUUGUCAAAUGGGUAUGUACAAGAAAAGCCCAAAUUUCUGACCCAACAGGCCCGUUAAUAGCAAACCCUAAUUUCACAGAGAUAUAAAUAAACCCUAAUCACACAUUUCGCAUCCAUCUAAGCGAAGGAAAAAUGCCAGCGGGUCAUGGAGUUCGGGCGAGAACGAGGGAUCUGUUCGCGAGGCCAUUCAGGAAGAAGGGUUACAUUCCACUAUCGACUUACCUGAGGACCUUCAAGGUCGGCGAUUACGUCGAUGUGAAGGUAAAUGGUGCGAUCCACAAGGGUAUGCCUCACAAGUUCUACCAUGGUCGUACUGGUCGUGUCUGGAACGUCACCAAACGCGCCGUCGGUGUUGAAGUCAACAAACAGAUUGGCAACAGGAUCAUAAGGAAGAGGAUUCAUGUGCGUGUGGAGCAUGUCCAGCAAUCAAGAUGUGCGGAGGAGUUCAAGCUGAGGAAGAAGAAGAACGAUGAGCUCAAGGCUGCAGCCAAAGCCAAAGGUGAGACCAUCAGCACCAAGAGACAGCCUAAAGGACCCAAACCAGGAUUCAUGGUUGAAGGAAUGACCUUGGAGACUGUCACUCCAAUCCCUUACGAUGUCGUCAACGAUCUCAAAGGAGGCUAUUAGUUCUACUUUUUGCCAUUCUGCUUGUGUUUUGGAACUCUCUAUGUUUUGUAGCGACUCAAAACUAAGAAUAUUAUUAUGAUUUAUAUAACAGGAGUUUGCAAUCCAGAUUUUGCAAAGAUGGUUUAUUAAUAAAUCAUUUUUGUGUC